AUGCAGAGACGAUGGGCUUCAUUGGCGGGGUGCCGCCUCGGGGCGCUGCGGAUUCUUGAUGGUGGAGAAAGCAGCAUUGUGGUAGACCUGGGCCUGGGGGCGUCGAAUGGUGCGGUGGCAGUAUCGAUGACGUGGCGGCACGUUUUGGUGCGCUUGGUAUGCGGGGUGACGGUGCAACUGCUCAGCACCAUCGUUGGCACGAAGCUGUUUCAGAUGGGCAAGCUGUUGCCCAUGGGCGACCCUGCCGAAGAGAAACGAUCGCCCCCUCUUGCAGGGCUACCACAUCGUUUCUCUGUGGCCCUAUCUGCCACAGAAAGGAAUUGCCCAGCUUGA